AUGCGAGAAACUGUCUGGAAGCCGGAACCUACCUCCGAGGAUAAUGAUGAUGACCACCAGGAGUCCGAGAAGGAGAGGAAGGGGAAAAAUAAGUUUGCAUCGGCCAGGCGAAUCACAUUGUGCCUUUUCUUUAGGUAUGCUAGAGUGCCGCUUAAAAUUAUCGCUUUUUUAGCCACUGUGUAUGUGAGUAUUUUGUCCUCGGAGCGAUAUUUCUACUACUGGGUGCAGACCUCCAUCGAAAGGACGGAUGUGCAUGUGUCUGAGAUCAGUUUUCCGGGCGUCACCAUUAUCCCGAUUAAUUUCACCAGUGUAAAUAUAUCAAAAGAAGCACAGAGGCAGAGCAAAGCCUAUAAUUUGGUCCAGUCCGUGAUGUGGCAAACUCCGAUGGCAGCUCGCCUGACGGAGGAAAACUUCACGGAGUUUUCGGAACUCGAGGAUUUGGACGUAUUUAAGUGGAAAAUCUCCAAGUCCUGGCAGCUCAAUUGCAAACAGUUUUUUAACGAGUGUCAGUGGCGCCGCAAACCGAUGAACUGCUGUGAAAUUUUUCGUCCUGGAAAGACCUUGAAUGGGUUUGCCUUCGUCUUCAACUCACCGCUCGCCUCUGGAGGGGACGAAACUUGGCCAUGGUCCGUGGCAUCAUCGGGUUCCUAUAGCGGUCUUACCGUAAAAAUUCAACGGCACCACAGCCAGUAUAUUGUGAACACGCUGGGUGUUGUAGUACAUGAACCCUCUCAGCAUCUGGGCAUGAGCAUUGACUAUUCUUCGGAGGAUCGUAUUGUAGUGCCGGUCGAACCACUGCGUUUCACAGCCGAAUUGCAAGUCAAGGCUCGACCUGUUCAAAUGCGUCGAUGUUACUUCGAGAACGAAAUUCCUCCCGACAAUACCCGCUCGGAAUGCAUAUACAAGUGCCACGUUAACUACAUACUUAAAAAGUGCAACUGCACUUUGGAUUUACCAGUUAAAGCCGUUUUCAAUAAAGAAAACAGUACCAAUGCAAAGGACAGUAGCAACAGCAGGAUUUGUGGUGUUAAAGACCUAUACUGUUUUAAUAAGAAUCGACUCAACAUUUUUUCCAUGAGCAACAUUAUCGAGGAGUCCAGGGACAACGUGUUUACCACCGUUGACUGCGGCUGUUUUCCUGCGUGUGAUCACACCCAGUACCAUACGUCCACCUACACCGAAAGAUUGGGCACUCACACCAGCCAUGCCACGGAAAUCGAAAUAGAUGUGUAUUUUCAGGAGGAGACCCUCUUUUCCUACCGCUCGAUGCUUCGAUUCACCCUGAUCGAUCUGAUGGUUUCCUAUGGAGGAAUAGCAGGUCUGAUCAUGGGCAUGUCGGUGCUGGGCUGCUUCAAUGCCUUCUUGGAUCAAUUUGCCUGUUGUCGUCUACCCCACGACUACUAAUGUGCAACUAUGAAAUCCCAGACAUCAGCAGCUGCGUUCUCACGUUUCUAUACUUACCUGAAAUCGAAGCACACACAAAUACACUAUACACCUGGUUCUUGGGAUACACACAUAAAUGGAUCCAUAAAUAAAACG